CUCUCACUAUUUACUGAUUUUGAUGCAUAUUGUGAGAGAAAGAGAAAGAAAAAGAUGUACUGAAGAAGCCACACACACACACUACUGUGAGAGAUAAAGGGAAAGAGCUCUUCUCUUUGCAUUUAUACUACUUCUCUCACAAACUAAAUUCUCCCAUCUUUGAAGCUUCUGGAACUAAUCUAUCAGGUGUUGGUGGACUUUUAGGGCUGAGGGUUUAAGGAUAAUGCUGAAGAAGAGGACCAGAUCACACCAGAAAGUUCAAACAAUGGGGCAUUUGAUGUCUGAUGGUAUCUCUGAUUCUUAUUUUCAAUCUGAUGUUUUGGUCAGGAAACAUAAAAGUAACUCCUUUUUUAAUGUUCCUGGUGUGUUUGUUGGGCUUAAUCCUAAGGGUUCAGAAUCUGAUUCAGUGAGAAGUCCUACUUCUCCACUGGAUUUUAGGGUCUUUUCAAAUUUGGGAAACCCCUUUAGGUCAUCAACUAGUGAGGGGGCUGGGGCUAACAAGACAUGGGGUUGUACUAAAGUAGGCCUUGGCAUUGUGGAUUCUCUUGAUGAUGAAAUGAAACAAUCGGGGAAAGUUUUUCGAUCAUCCGAUAGUAAAAAUAUUCUUUUUGGCACACAAAUGAGGAUCAAAACACAUGAUUUUCAGAGCUGUGUUGAUGAUUCUCUUGAGGAACCUAAGUCACUCCCUAAGAAUAUCUCGAUUUUUCCUCAUACUUUGUCCAAAAGCUCCAAUCUUCGAAAGGGACGUUCUGAUGUUGUCUUUGGAAUUGGAGAUUCCCUGUCGGAGCAUGAGUUGUCCAGAAAUUUUCGUUCUUGUUCUCUAGACUCUGGAAGGUCUAGCUCACGUUUCGCAAGCUUGGCGAACCGUACUGUGGCUUUUGGUUCUGAAAAUGCAAUAAAUCCAGUGGUUUCACAUACUAAAUGUGUUAGAGGUUGCUCAAAGUUGGGCAAUCCUGCAGGUGGUGCGAAAUUGAGUCCUAUAUCAACACCUGUUGGCUCUAACACUAGCUUAGUUGGUUCUAUUUCAGCUAGUGACAUUGAACUUUCUGAGGACUAUACCUGUGUGAGAACCCGUGGACCCAAUGCCAAAGUAACUCAUAUCUUUUGUGACUGCAUUUUAGAAUGUCACAACAAUGAGUUACCCAAUUUUUGUAAGAAUGCUAAUGAGAAAACCGUGCUGCCUGAGGUGACGGACAGCUCAGAGGUCCUCAAUUCAUUUCCUUCAAGCGAUUUUUUGCGCUUCUGUUCCUCUUGCAAGAAGAGGCUGGAUGGAAAAGAUAUUUACAUGUACAGAGGUGAGAAAGCUUUUUGCAGCUUGGAUUGUCGUUCUGAGGCGAUUUUAAUUGAUGAGGAGAUGGAGAAGAAAGUCAAUAAUCAUUCUGAAAGCACUGUUAAGCCAAACAGCCGUGAUGAAGUUUUUGACACCGGCUUGUUCAUUGCUACAUAGGAUGCCGGAAUUGCACUGCUGUAGCUACUAAGCCCAUGAUUGAUGAAACCGCCGCACUGGUUAACAACUAGACACCCUGGUCAUCUGUUUACUAAGAGCUUUUUUUUGUGCAUCUUUGUGCAGCCAUGGAUGAUCAGAUCAUGUAUUGCUACUUGUGUGAACUGUCUUUCCUUUCUCAUGGUCUUAGUGGUUAACGGUCGCAAACUGUGAAUUUUGCUUUAUAUAGUUCUGAAUUUGUUUAUGUAAUAGUGGAGUACUCACAAAAAAAAGAAGGAUAAGAAACUUAACUAGAAGGGUUGUAGCCCAUCCUUGUGGCUCCCCAAAUUUUGGUUUCUCACCAAGCUAAUAUUACCUGUCAAAGUUUGAUAAAUACAAAUGUUUUAUGACUACAUACAUUACUUCUGUUUUGUAUGAAUAAAAAUGUUUUGUAACUACUCA